AUGGGCUUUUCUAAAAUUUCACUCUCUCUUGUUUUCUUCAUGGUUUUAGCCCUAGCUCUUCCCUCCCAUGCCCAAAACUCCCAACAAGACUACCUUGAUGCCCAUAAUUUGGCUCGUGCUCAAGUGGGCAUUGCGAAUAUAACAUGGAACAGCACAGUAGCUGCCUUCGCGCAGAACUAUGCUAACCAGAGGAUCAGUGACUGCAACCUCGUGCACUCGGGUGGGCCUUAUGGGGAGAACCUUGCCAAGGGAUCAAGUGGUACAUUUUCGGGCACAGAUGCCGUUAACCUUUGGGUUGCAGAGAAACCUUACUAUAAUUACACCUCCAACUCAUGUGUUGGAGGACAGUGCCCGCAUUAUACACAAGUGGUGUGGCGCAAUUCAGUCGGUCUAGGGUGCGCUAGGGUUCAGUGCACCAAUACGUGGUGGUUCAUCACAUGCAACUAUUAUCCUCCGGGCAACUACGUGGGGCAGCGUCCUUAUUAG